AUGGGAACAUUGAUAGACCGCUUCGAAGAGCAUGAUGGUCCCGUUCGGGGCAUAGAUUUUCACAAGACUCAGCCCCUCUUCGUUUCUGGAGGCGACGACUACAAGAUUAAGGUCUGGUCGUAUCAAACGCGCCGAUGUCUAUUUACCCUUAACGGUCACUUGGACUACGUUCGAACUGUUUUCUUCCACCACGAACUACCCUGGAUUAUUUCAAGUUCCGAUGACCAAACAAUUCGCAUUUGGAACUGGCAGAACCGUUCGUUAAUUUGCACAAUGACCGGACACAACCACUAUGCCAUGUGCGCUCAAUUCCACCCCAAAGAGGACUUGAUUGUCUCUGCCUCAUUGGAUCAGUCUGUUAGAGUUUGGGACAUUUCAGGUCUGCGGAAAAAGCACUCUGCGCCGACCUCAUCGUUGAGUUUCGAGGAUCAAAUGGCUCGCGCAAAUGCCAACCAAGCAGAUAUGUUCGGAAACACAGAUGCUGUGGUUAAAUUUGUUCUUGAGGGUCAUGAUAGAGGUGUAAACUGGGUGUCUUUCCACCCUACCUUGCCCUUAAUCGUAUCUGCAGGUGACGAUCGAUUGGUCAAACUUUGGAGAAUGAGCGACACCAAAGCAUGGGAAGUUGACACAUGCCGGGGCCACUUCCAGAAUGCAUCAGCAUGUUUGUUCCAUCCACAUCAAGACCUCAUUCUCUCUGUGGGCGAAGAUAAGACUAUCCGCGUCUGGGACCUAAAUAAGCGGACUUCAGUGCAGUCCUUCAAACGUGAUAUGGAUCGAUUCUGGGUUAUUGCUGCCCAUCCGGAGAUGAAUCUCUUUGCUGCUGGCCAUGAUACGGGUGUGAUGGUCUUCAAGUUAGAGAGAGAACGACCGGCGUCUGCUGUGUAUCAAAACCAGCUCUUCUAUAUCACAAAGGAGAAGCAUUUGCGAUCUUAUGACUUUAGCAAGAAUGUCGAAUCUCUUCCUAUGCUAUCUCUGAAAAAGCUAGGUAGCCCCUGGGUUCCACCACGGACCGUCUCCUAUAACCCUGCAGAACGAGCGAUUCUUGUCACGUCACCUACAGACGGCGGUACAUACGAGCUUAUUCAUAUCCCUAGGGAUUCAACAGGCGCUAUGGAGCCAACAAACAUUAAACGAGGGCACGGAACAUCGGCCGUAUUCGUAGCACGCAAUAGAUUUGCAGUUUUCAACCAGUCUACUCAGCAGAUUGACAUCAAGGAUUUAAGCAAUUCAACGACGAAGACGAUCAAACCUCCAAAUGGGACAACCGAUAUUUACUUUGGCGGAACUGGUUCCCUCCUUCUGAUCACACCCACAAAGGUUUUCCUGUUCGAUAUCCAACAAAAGAAGCAGCUUGCUGAGCUUACUGUCAGUGGUGUGAAGUAUGUCGUCUGGUCUAAUGAUGGACUCUACGCUGCUCUCUUGAGCAAACAUAAUGUCACGAUUGUUACGAAGACCCUGGAGCAUGUCAGUACUCUGCAUGAAACCAUACGCAUUAAAAGUGCUACAUGGGAUGACACAGGUGUACUUCUAUACUCCACGCUGAACCACAUCAAAUACUCCCUUUUGAAUGGUGACAAUGGUAUCGUCCGCACUCUGGAUUCCACGGUAUACCUCGUUCGCGUCAGGGCAAGAAAUGUUUAUUGUCUUGACAGGACUGCGAAGCCGAUAAUACUUGAAAUAGACCCGACCGAAUAUCGAUUCAAGCUAGCCCUAAUCAAAAGAAACUAUGAUGAAAUGCUGCAAAUCAUCAAAACUUCCAGUCUUGUCGGGCAGAGUAUUAUUUCCUACCUGCAAAAGAAGGGAUAUCCGGAGAUCGCUCUUCAGUUCGUCCAAGACCCUCAAACCCGCUUUGAACUUGCUCUCGAAUGUGGUAAUAUCGAUGUAGCUAUAGACAUGGCCAAACAACUGGAACUCCCUAAACUGUGGAGUCGUCUUGGUACCGAAGCGUUGUCCCAUGGAAAUCACCAGACUCUGGAAAUGACAUAUCAGAAACAAAGGCUGUUUGAUAAGCUGUCUUUCUUAUAUCUGGCAACAGGUGAUAAAGAAAAGCUUAUUCGCAUGGCAAAAAUCUCAGAGCACCGGGGAGAUUUCACAUCACAAUUCCAGAAUGCACUUUAUUUGGGCGACGUGGAAUCCCGGGUUCAGAUGUUCAAGGAGAUUGAUCUACUUCCUCUCGCAUACUUGACCGCAAAAUCUCACGGGCUCAACGAGGAAGCUGAGUCCAUACUUGAAUCCUGUGGUCUCACUGAAGAUCAAAUUACGCUACCUUCGUUUGGCGAACCAACAAAGCUUCCGCGAGUAAUUGUUCCAACCUUCAAGUCGAACUGGCCGGUGAAAGUUGCAUCUCAUUCCUCAUUUGAGAGGGCUCUGUUUGGGGAAGUGGGCGAAGAUGUUGGCACACCAAUUAAUGGAUACGAGCUGGGGGAAAAUGAAGAUAUUGGAGGCUUUGGCGGUGACGUGAUGGGCGACGAGCAUGACGAGGAAGAUGCUGCUGGGUGGGAUAUGGGUGAUGAAAUUAACGUUGAGGAUGCGGUGGACUUUGUCAACGUCGAGAACGCUGAAGGCGGUGCCGGUACCAGUGAAGCAGAUCUUUGGGCGCGAAACUCACCCCUUGCGGCUGACCAUGUCGCUGCUGGAUCCUUUGAUACCGCAAUGCAACUUCUCAACCGACAAGUUGGCGCAGUAAACUUCGAACCAUUGAAACCACGUUUCCUAGAAAUCUACCAAGCCACAAAAACCUACCUGCCCGCCACGGCUGGACUCCCUCCACUCGUCAACUAUGUCCGAAGAACUGUUGAAGAAUCAGAUUUGCGAAAUGUUCUUCCUAUCAUUCCCAGAGAUCUUGAGUACGUUGCCAAUGUCCAUCUCCAAGAGGGUUAUGCUGCAAUGAAGUCCAAUAGACUGGAAGAUGGUGUGAAUAUAUUCCGGCGCAUUCUGCAUACUCUCCUCGUCAACACAGUGUCUUCAGAGAGCGAAGUGGAGGAAGCCAAGAAGAUCAUCACUACUGCCCGGGAAUAUAUUCUCGCCAUGUCAAUCGAACUCGAGCGUCGCGCAAUCGGCACAGAUACCCCAGAAAAGUUAAAACGGAGCCUCGAGCUCUCCGCGUAUUUCACCAUUCCGAAACUCCAAGUCGCACAUCGCCAGUUUGCGCUUAGAGCAGCAAUGAAACUCGCCUUCGCCAAGCAAAACUUCUCAUCUGCGCUCAGUUUCGCCAACAGAAUGAUUGCCAACGGCGGGGUCGCCAAAUUUCUUGAUGAGGCCCGGAAAGUUAAAGCCCAAUGCGAGCGCAGCCCGCAAGAUAAGAUCGAUAUUGAAUUCGACCAGUUUGCCGAGUUCGACAUCUGUGCAGCCUCCUUCACACCUAUCUACAGUGGUUCGCCUAGCGUUACUUGUCCAUACACUGGAGCCAAGUACCAUGAGCAGUACAAAGGAUCUGUAUGUCGCGUUAGUCAGGUGACGGAGGUCGGUGCUCCGGCGAGUGGUUUGCGUCUAUUUGUUUCUGGGAAGCCUUAG